AUGGGAAACUGCGCGACCCCUCAAACGGCGGUGCGCGCGAUAAUCCGUCCCGACGCGGCGAAGGUGAUUCAUGUGGAUGGGAGGCUCCAAGAAUUCAGGCAGCCAAUCAAGGCCGGCAACGUCAUCGCCAAGAAUCCGAGCUGUUUCCUCUGCAGCUCCGAGUUCAUGGACGUCGACUCGCACAUGCCGCACAUGGGGGAGGACGAGGUGCUGCAGCCAGGCCAGAUCUACUUCCUCAUGCCCCUCGAAACUUCCCAAAAUGCCCUCUCCCUCCACGACUUGUGCGAGCUAGCCAUCAAGGCCAGCGUGGCUCUCAGAAAGAAGCAAGGACGGCAACCGCCGGAAAACGAUCCGUCGUUUACCGGCUGCCAUAGUGUCAGGAUUCCGGCGCGAUCUCGGCAAGGGUCUAAGAUUCCGGACUCUUACAAAGGUGGUGACAAUCACGGGAUUGAGUAUUGA